AUGGGUGCAGGCGAACUGCCUCAGGGCUGCCGAUCGAGGCCACUUUGUCAGCUGGGUACCGACUUCACAGAAGUCGUGGAGAAAUCGGCGGGUGCUCCUCUCGGGCGACUGGGAGUCGCCUUCGGGACAGCCUGUCCGAUUUCGCAUUCCUACAACCUUCCAGAUGGCCGGUAG